AUGGGUUCCUAUCAUUUAUACAAGAGCACCAACGUUUCAUUUGAAUAUUUUACCUUGCAGGGAGAGGCUAUUAAUCAUGAAAUACGAGUUGAGGAACCAUCAAGCAUUGAACAAGAAUUAGAUGACGAAGAAAUUGCGACACAAGGAUCUAUUUAUCAUUCAGAAGUUGAUCCAACAGUUUAUAUAGCAUGGCGAGUUACAGAUUCUGGUCGUGUGUUAGAGCUAAGGCGAUUUUUGAUACAUUCUCAAGAAGUCGUUGAUCAGCCUGGUGAUACAACCAAAGCUGUUCGUUUCAAGUUUUCAUCCAGCAUCUUGCCAAAUGUUACAUUUUUUACCGAACCUAUAACGCGUAAUUUACGCUGCGUAGUCUUAUUAGCAUGCAGGGUCUUGUAUCGCCUUGAUUUAUCGCAGAGGACUCUUUUUUCCGACAGAGAUCUACCAUCAACUUAUUAUAGUCGUUUUGAAGUAACAUUAUUACAAGAAUUGAUACCUUCUCUGGUACACGCUGUUGACUACGAAAAUAUUGUAAUAGGUUGCACCGACGGAACGAUUUUGUACUUACAAUAUCAAGCGGUGCCUCAUACUUUUGGAGUUCCAGAAAAAAUUAACGAGG